AUGAGGCGUCAUGUCUUCGAGCGUUUACUUCGUGAUGUCCAGCAUGUUAAUCCAUACUUUCGACAGAAGUGGGAUAGAGCAGGCCGCCCUGGUUUAUCACCUCAUCAGAAGGUUACUAUUGCACUCCGAAUGAUGGCUUAUGGCUCCCCAGUUGAUUCAAUAGAUGAAACCUAUGAUAUGUCUAAGUCUACAUGCCUUGAUACUCUUGAACAAUUCUGUGACACAAUUGUUCAGGUUUACAAAAACGAGUACCUCCGCGAGCCAAAUCAAAAAGAUCUUAAUCAGCUCCUUCGCAAAGCUGAAGAUCGUAGGUUUCUGGGCAUGAUAAGGUCAUUAGACUGCAUGCAUUGGGAUAGGAAGAACUGUCCCACCAGAUGGUAA